UACAAUUCAAAAUGAGUGUCGCUACAAAUAACGAAUUAGUGGUCCGCGAAUUUAUCGAGAAAAUAUUUGCAAACCGUAAUAUAGGCAACUUCGAGCUGACCUAUAGCUGCAGUACGGAAAAUGGUGACGGUUUUCUGGGUGAGAUAAUAUUCGCUCAAGUGACGCCGAAAAAUGAGCAAACGCGCACAUACCAUUUAGCUCUCAAAGUCGGCAAAACAAGCGAAGAACUAAGAAAAGAAUUCCCAGUACGGUUUGCAUUUGAACGGGAAAUUCACAUGUAUAAGAACGUAUUUCCUGCGUUCCAGCAGUUUUUGAAGGCGAAGAACUUAGAACCUCUUGAUUUUCAACCUAAUUGUUUCGGUACAUUGAUAUCAGACCAUAGCGAAAUAAUAGCACUUCAAAACUAGAAAGCAAUUGGGUACGAUGUCCGCAGUAAAACAUUUCCUCACGACGUCGCUCAUAUCAAACUUACCAUGGAGGCAUAUGGAAAGUGGCAUGCUACUUCACUGGCUUUGGCUGAACAAAAUCCGAAACUGUUUGAGGAGCUGUCCAACACUCCGAAAUUAUGGCCGGUCUUCGGCGAGACAGAAACAUAUAAAACAAUUUUCAGACAAGCAGAAGAAAAUGUCGCCAAAAUACUGACAGACAAUAAUGAAUUAGACUUGCUGAGAAAAUUCAAACAGAAAUUCAAUGGCAAGAUUUAUGACAUUUGGCAUGAAAUUGUUGUUCUGGAAGUGGGGCCCCGAGUUGUCAUUCAUGGGGAUUGUUGGAAUAACAAUAUUUUGUUUAAGUACGAGAAUGAAGAAAAGAAAAAUCCGGUAGGUGUGAAACUGAUAGAUUUUCAGUUCAGUCAAUUGGCGAGUCCGAUGAUGGACCUGUCUUAUCACUUGUUCACAGUAUGCUCAGAAGAAGCUUUCAAAAGUUUAAAAAACAUUUUCGAUAUAUAUUACGACUCCCUGUCGGAACACUUAAGAAAAUUAGGAAGCGACCCCUUAAAAAUAUUUCCCCGUUCAACGCUAAUCGACCAUUGGAGCAAAUAUUGGCCUUUUGGAGUGAUCAUGACUUUGAUGAUAAUACCUACCGUGUACUCCGAAAGCUCGGACACCGUGGCUAUCGAAAGCAUGAACGACGAACAACUUAAUAAGUUGAGGACUACGUUUCAAGGAGAAAACAAGAGACAGUUAGAAAAUAGAAUUAUCAACGCGAUCAAAUGCGGAUUUCAAUUUCAAUUUUAAUGUUAUUACAACUUUUAAAACAAAUUAGAAGCUAUACUGGAAUACUUGUCCUCUGCUCGAACUGCAUUAAAAAUCUUACCGUUAUACCUGUCAG